CUCACAGGACUGGUCGCGUGUGAACAGCAAGGCAGCUGCUAGCAAUAUAUGCACAAAUACAAGGAACAAAUAUCCGAUUGUUAGUACAUCUGGAAAAGAACUGUGUGUUUCAAUGUAUUUGAGCCACAUCAACAGCAGGCUUCAGACCAAUCUUGGAGCAUACAGUUCCACGGGAUGCACUCCAAACUCUUCACUGUGUUCGACUUCGGCCAUAGUUAUCUGCCAAUCAUCUCGUUAUGAAGCAAGAAUCGGCGGCAAGCAAUGUCUGAAGAACUUGACGCUGAGUAACGGACUAGUCACAUAUCCAUCUGGCGUCAUCUUUCCCUCUCAAGCCCUGUAUGACUGUAAUGCGGGCUAUAGGAAUACUGGUGCAAGCUACGGUGACUGUAACACACUGGGCAAUUGGGAUAAAGCCAAAGGAAAUUGCCAAGCGCUAAAUUGCCAAGCACCAGGAAUCCUAAAUGGCCAAAUGAUGGGAGCGCCGCCAAUGUUCCAACCGGUUUGCUUUGAUGGUUUUACCCGGGUUGGACCAGACAUGGUCUAUUGUUCAAGGGACACGAACACAACCCAACUUCCGAACUGCACAGCAUAUUCCGGGAAGUGUGCUGCUUCGACUCUUGAUAAUGGGUACAUAAAAGAAGGGGGUGACGGGCUGGCAGUUCGAGAGCUUUUCUGCAAUGCCGGCUAUCGACUUCACACUUCAGCCAACUACACCUGUGUUUCCGCAACGAUAUCAAAAAGGAUUGUUUCGUGUAAAAAACUCGUGUGCAAUUCAUCGACAGUUGUCAUUGAAAAUGGGCAUCUUCUACCAGCUGAAGGUGUCAUCAACGAACAAGCUAGGGUUUUAUGCAAUAAGGGUUUCUCUAUGGCUGGCUCUGGUAUAGCCACCUGUGAGGUGUCUGGCACUUGGAAGAGUAACUCCACAUGCAAAGGUGAUUCAUGCGCUGCUCCCACCAUACCGAACAGCAACAUAUCAGGAAUACAAGCUACAACAGGUGAAUUGCACUAUGUUGGCUGCGAAGAUGGCUACAAUUUGGAAGGCAACGCAACAAUCGAGUGCAGCGCUCCAGACUUGUGGACACCUUUUCCACAUUGUACACCUGUGACGUGCGGUGCUCUACCCACAGUCCCCCAUGGAUCAGUGAUUGUUGGGCACACCGAAGCAACGGCUGGUACGUUUGCCACGGUUAUAUGUGAUCCCAAGUACGAGCUUCACGGAAACCGAACCCUGGUGUGCGAGAAGAAUGGAUCUUGGGCGACCAAUGGUCAAACGUGCAACGAAACAACAUCUUCAACUGUUUCGAACCCAUAUUGCCAAGCAACUACUGAGAGUGUGUAUAUCGGAAUAAUGGGGGCGCUUGGUGCUCUGCUGGUCAUUCUGCUCGUUGUCGUUGUCUGUCUGACGGCGUGUUCUCGCAACGCCGGUCAAGCUACAAUAUCUGGAGACUCCGGAACUUCACUGGAGAAUCUCGGCAGAACAAAAGUUGAAGUCAACGCGCCAGGUUCGGCCAAAAAUCUUCCAGCAGAUCAAGACCGUGAGUAUGGAACAAUAGGUGACUCUUGCAGUGCAGAAGCCAGUCAUGAUGAUGAGCACCUGGGAGAAGCGGAAACUAAUCCUCAGUUAUAUUCCAACCACAGCGCCAUCAACACCACCCAGAUCACUCCUAAGGAAUCGUUGACAGCGCCAGAAAUUCCACGCUUCCAAGCCGCGAGCCACGACGUGGAUGUGUACACUAACGUCGGUAGCCCAGCUGCAAAAACAUCUGCCGACUUUCUCGUUCAGCACGAUGACGUUAACGCCUACUUGUACGCGGCAGUGAAGACCACCAAGCCAGCUCCCACGGAUUCAGACAUCUUGGAUGAUAUUGAUGCUAUCCAGUUUCCUGAACCACAGAAACCCAAAGGGCAAUCUCAUGGCGCUCGCUCGAAACCAGGAGGUCUUUGAGCUGGUGACUCGCGGCCAAACCCCUGCAUGGCGAAGACGAAGAAAAUCCGACAAUCACCUUAUAAAUUUUCUUGUCCGUUUUAUGAAUGCUAAAUUGUACACAUUUGACUGACUACCGAAUAGUCCAAUGCACAACCGACGUGUGCCACGCCGUUUCCUCGUUUGCAUCUUCUUAACACCAGUGUUGUGUUAUUUCUCUACGUCAUCCAGGGGUUUAGCCUGCCCUAGGCUCCAGUGGUUCAGGUAUGCAAAUCAAAAAGUACAAAAUCCAAAAUGCACACAAAGGUUCAUUGCUAUAAUCCCGAGAAGCACGUGCUUUCAAUUUUUUUGUACCAUCCCUUUUCUGCAUUAGCUUGUGGUAAUUUAAUCGGGUCAAAUUCGAGAUAAAUGCCGUGGCUAAGCCGAUUGUGAUACACGCAAGCUAUGCAGUCCCUGCUCGCUGCUGCACUCGAUCGAUUUUUAUGGCGUUCGCUUGGUCAUACUUGCUCCGUGACGCCCCGACGCCUUAGGGCUAUUGGUUUGUGAUGAUGAUGAUGAUGAUGAUGAAGCUAUGCAAUAUGUUGCUAUCUUCAGCGCUUUGGAGAGGAUCGCAUUUGUGCUGAUCUUUUUUCUGAUGUUCUUGUCAUAGACCCGCCAUCUUUCUUUCACAUUGGCCUAUCUCUAUCUAAAUGAUCAAAACUGCUGGUUUCGUACGCGUAAUGUGUCACAUGACUACCCUGAUUUCACUGCGUUUCUCACAAUGGGAAUAAAGCGGUUGUGUUAUGCACCCCACUGAACAUUGUGCUUUCAUGUAUACAGGGUGUCAUUCUACUCAGUUGCUCAAUUUUUAUUCUCACGAUUUUCCGACCUUUCGUCGACACAUUUUUGCAAAUCCCUUCAGGUCAUCUGUUAUGCUUAUCCCGUUCUAACAUCCCUUAAGGAGACUAGUGUCAUCUUACCUACAUUAUCCAAUGUUAUUCCAAUUUAAUCCUCGGACACUGCUACCAUUGUUAAAAAGCCAUGGCUUGUGUUCCUUAUGAAAAUUGAAUCAUGAUGAGUAAAAUUA